GGACUACGUGGGGAAAGGCUCCAGGCCAUCAAGGGGGCGGGGCCUCCCUGGAGGCCAGUGCGCGGCUGCGGAGCUAGACUCGCGCGUCGCUCCGCCCCCAGGGAGACCCGGCGCCACCAUGGAGGAGUUCCACCGCCACUGCGACGAGGUUGGUUUCAAUGCUGAAGAAGCCCACAAUAUUGUCAAAGAGUGUGUAGAUGGGGUCUUAGGUGGUGAAGAUUAUAACCACAACAACAUCAACCAAUGGACUGCAAGCAUAGUGGAACAAUCUUUAACACAUUUGGUUAAGCUGGGAAAAGCUUACAAAUACAUUGUGACCUGUGCAGUGGUCCAGAAGAGUGCAUAUGGCUUUCACACAGCCAGCUCAUGUUUUUGGGAUACUACAUCUGAUGGAACCUGUACCGUCAGAUGGGAGAACCGGACCAUGAACUGUAUUGUCAAUGUUUUUGCCAUUUCAAUUGUUCUGUAACUGACUAAAAAUGUUGGGCUAAAGCCAUUAAGUUAA